AUGCCUCCUCCUAAAGGAACCCACAAUCCUCUUGAAGGGCCUGGUGACUAUGAGGUUACCUCAGUGGUGCACUCCGACACCUAUCCUGCCAUCGACCCAAAGAACUUCAAUUUCAAGGACAAGGUAGUACUCGUCACUGGGGCAUCUCGAGGCUAUGGCCGAGCCAUGUGUGCAGCCUUUGCACGAGCUGGUACCUCUCGUAUUGUUGUCGCUUCUAGAUCCGACAUGUCGGCAACAGCUGAAGCUAUAAAAGCUGCGGCGAAUGAAGCCGGCCACCCGGAGCCAGAGGUCCUUACCAUCAAGGCUGAUGUUGGUGUUCCAGAGAGUGUUGAUGCUUUGGCGCAGAAGAUAGACGAAGCAUUCGGUUAUGUUGACAUCGUGAUUAACAAUGCAGCAUUCAUGAAAAUGGUGUCUAUCCCUGAGUCUGAGCCUGCGGACUGGUUGCAGACCCUCACCGCGAAUGUCUAUGGACCCUAUCUUGUGGCACGAGCCUUGGCCCCUCUGCUUGUCAAGUCGGAACUCAAGACUAUCAUCAACAUCAGUAGCGUCGGAGCUCAUCUUGUGUCGCCGACUCUAAGCUCAUAUCAGAUCUCCAAGCUAGCACUUAUCAGGUUGACCGAGUUCAUCUCGGUCGAGUACGCGGACAAAGGAAUAGUCUCUUACAGCGUUCAUCCUGGGAAUUCUCCUUCAGAGAUGUUGGGAGGAAUCGAGGGAAUUCCUGAGAAAUUUCGAGCAGCCUUUGUUGACACUCCUGCACUUUGUGCCAACUCUUUGGUUUAUUUGGCAUCGGCACGGCGACCUUGGCUGGCUGGGCGUUACAUCAACCUCACUUGGGAUCUUCCUGAACUGAUGACAAAGGAGGAAGAGAUUGUCAAAGGCGACAAGCUCAAAGUUCGUCUUGUAACCUAG